UGAUAAUAAUACUUUGAUAUUGUUCCAUGUUGAACUAAUAAUUGUUUUUGGUAAAUUAAUGUGAGAUUCCUUUUAAAAUUUAUCUGUUGGUAAAAAGACAGGACAAAAAUUACGGAAGUGUAUAGAGAAACCGGCUGAACGCAAAAUUAUUGUAAAUGUUAAUUCCGGCCAGCUACAAAGCUAAUAACGAACCGGCGAGCAGAGGAGUCUCCCCCGUCGGGCAAGAGCAGGCCGAGUCGAUGGGGAAGCAACCGGACGGGGACAAUACAAACGGCAAGGCUCUGAAGCAGACCAGUUACAUAAGUCUACACAACAAAAAUCUGCCGUCGAACGAUGCCAACAACAACUGCAACAACAACAACAGCAACAACGACUGUGUGGACGAGGACGAGGAGAUGGCGCUCAGCGACGGCGAUCAGUUCGGCCUAGUGGACGACGCGGACGACGAUGAGGAAGAGCAGCGGACAUGUAAGCCGAAGAGACGCAGCGUGCCGCAGGGCGAUGAGAUGGGGGCCAAGCUGAAGCACGAGCUAACCAAGUACAAGCAGGAGCUCAAGGAAUACAACGAGACGACCAAGGACCUGGAGAAGAAGUACAUGAAGAUCAACUUCGAGCUGAGCGAAAUGCAGCAGAAACACGGCCAGUUUGCGUCCCGACGCUGUCCGAGUCCGGAGAUGGAGCUGCCCAGCGAAACGGACGGGGAUGUGGAUGGAGGGCUGCUAGACAGCUAUUGCCCGUCCUCCACCAGCAUGGACUCCGUUCUGACUGUCACGGGCCGCCACGGCAAGAACGUCUUCUGCAGCAACAGCAGCUUCAUGACGGUGCUGGCUGUGCCCAACUCCUCCGACACGAUACAGACGGCGCCAACGUCGCUGGGCAAGCGCAAGGAUCAUCGGCAUCAGUCGAAGCUGAGGAGUCAGCCAGCUGGCUAUGGCCAGCAAGUGCUGGGGCGUGGCCAUGCACGCCGCGCCCAGCGCUCAGCAGCGGAGGAGCAGGAGAACGACCCGUCGUUCAAGAAAAUGUACCAUGUGCUCAAGGACGUGAUCAAUACACAGCAAGAUCACAAGAAGAAUUAUGGCUACGACCUCGACAGCGGCGAGUUCAGCCAGCUGUACAGCACGAUUAAGGACCUGAAGAACGAGCAGGUGCAGUUCCGCAACAUUAUACGGCACCAGCAGGAGCGGAUCAGCGACUACCACACGCGCUGCGUGAAGGCGCAGGAGAUCAUGAAGACGCAGAAGCAUGAGAUCGACAAGCUGCACGAGAACAACCAGCAGCUGGAGUCGAGCAUCUACCACGACAUCGACACGUUGCGCUCGAAGAUCGACAGCAAGCUGAAGAGCGUCGCCCAGCUGCCGAUGCUGAUGCGCGAGGAGCACACCAAGUAUGAGAAUGUGCUGCGCGAGAACUGCCUGAUGGCCGAGAAGCUGCACUCGCUGCAGAAGGAGGCCGCUCAGCUGAAGAGCAAGAUCGACGAGCUGGGCAAGCGCAAGCUGAUCACCGUCAAUCGCUUGAAGGCGGCCGAGCGCGACCUCAAGAUCUUCAAGAACUACAACACAGCGCUCAAGACGGAGAAGCGCCGACUCGCCGAGGAGCUGACCACGACCAAGCUGCAGCUGGACACGCUGCAGGCGGCGGGCAAGCGGCAGCUGUCGCGGCAUCGCGAGCAAACGGAGAAGCAGCGCCGCGAGCUACAGAAGCGCAUCUACGAUCUGGAGCUGAAGCUCAGCCGCAGCCAGAACUCGACGUCGAGCCUGAUCCAAGAGCGCGACAGCCUCAUCGCCGAGCUGCAGACGCAGCUGCACACGCUCGUCCACAACUUCGAGGUCUCGCAGAAGCACAUCCGUGUGCUGCGCCGGCACAUCUACACCAUGACCUCGGGCGGCGCGACAGGCUGCCCCGCCAGCGGCUCGCUCAGUGCUCCGCUCGGUGGUGCCACACCCCAACGCUCCACCGCCACCAGCGAACAGGGCAUGACGCGAGCUGCCGCCCAGAGCCAGCCAUCCAGUCCCGGCGCCACACGACUUGGCACUCCGCGCUCGCUGAAGGCCAGAGCCUAGCAGGCGGUCAGCUCUCUCUGGUCCAGCGGCUCAAGCAACUUGAGGAGAUGGCCAGGAGCAGCCGUGACUCAUCUACAAAUAGAUCACCUACUCCUGGGACAUAUCAUCAAGCUGCUUGCC